GGUCUUAUCACAGAAUAAGACCUUCAUAUUCUGUGGUUUAAUGUUUUGUGAUAGGUCAUCGCACGCGAUCAUGUUUAUAUAAAUUUGGUCAUGGUUCACUGUUCACUACCAAAUUGUGCCACGAGUCAGUCUUGAGAAACAUUUGAGCUUGCCUUCCACAGUGACACAGUAGUAGGUAAACAUGGAAAAAUGGCAAGGAAAGGUUGCAAUUGUGACAGGUACAACUUCGGGGAUCGGUCGGGCGAUUGCAACGCAAUUGGUUGAGGCGGGGGUGCAUGUCGUUGGUAUUGCCAGACGCGAGGAUCGUGGAAGAGAACUUGAGUCGGCCUUGGCGGGAAAAAAAGGCAGGUACUACUAUCUUACCGGCGAUGUCUCUAGGGAGGAAGACGUGCUGAAAUCAUUCGAGUGGAUUAAAGAAAAUUUGGGACCGGUUCACAUUUUGGUUAAUAACGCCGGUAUUAUGCGAGAGACUGGACUGUUCGAUGGGGAAACAAGCAUGUGGAGGGAGGUUUUUGACAUCAACGUUAUGGGUCUCUGCAUGAUGACUAGGGAAGCGAUAAGAGUGAUGAGAGCAAAUGAUAUAGUGGGCCAUAUAGUGCACAUAAGCAGUUUAGGGGGUCACUUAGUACCUCCCGCCAGAGAUGCAAACGUGUACUUCGCCAGCAAAUUUGCUGUAAAGGCUCUGGCAGAGACGCUACGGCAAGAGCUGAACACAAUCGGAAGCCAAAUUAGGAUAUCGUGUAUCAGUCCUGGCCUGGUCGAUACAGAAAUCAUGGACUGCAAUCUAGACUUGAAGAACUUUAGUCAAUUACUAGAUCCACUAAAAUCGGAAGACAUUGCAGAUAUGGUCUUGUUUGUACUUUCGAGACCACUGCAUGUUCAAAUUCACGACAUCGUGGUUAGACCAGUAAAUCAAUCAAUAUAAGGAGACUCACGAACCGUUUCUCAAACUGAUUGAACUAUUCUUUACAAGUUGGCUAUCCAUGUGAAAUAAACGUUUUUGGCUUUACUAA